AUGGCUACCAGCUCUCCUGCCGGCAUUCCUUCGAGCAAUCCCCUUCUCGCUCCUUCGAGCCCCACCGCGAGCCGAUCAACUCAACGCCCUACUGCCAAUGCUCUUUCUCUGGAUGAUGACGAGCCUCAGGCCGCAGGGGACGGCGACUUGGGUGAUGAAACCGGGGACCCUAGGCGACGAAGAAAGGCCCGCACCCAGGGAAUCGACGUGCCUCCUGUCAAGGAUGCUGUUGGAGAGUCCGUGGCCGAGGCUUUUGAAAAGUUCCUCAAAACGUGCGCGCUCUUCGCCGCGAUCUUUGCUCCCACUCAUUCACGCGUCAGGUUCACGGAACGCGUCGCACUAGCGGCAACGCCCGGCUCAGAGGGCGACGCGCCUGGAGAAGCAGAUGCGGAGCUGCUUUAUGUUCAGCAGAUCUACACCAUGCGCGAAUACAACCUCACAACGCUCUACGUCGAUUUCGGCCACCUGCUCAUGGCAGACGACAUCCUGUCCAACGCCGUGCAGAGACAGUACUACCGAUUCCUGCCAUAUCUGCGCCGUGCUCUCGUCAAUCUCGUCACUGAAUACGCACCCGAAUACCUGAAGAUCAAUCCCAGUGCCGCAACUACCGAUUCUGCGAACCUGCAGUCCCGGGAUUUCAAUGUCGCCUUCUAUAAUCUUCCUCUUACGUCGGGGAUCCGAGAGCUUCGAACGGAGAAGAUCGGUACGCUCAUGAGCAUCGGGGGCACGGUGACUCGGACAAGUGAGGUCCGGCCUGAACUGCUCUUCGGAAGCUUCGUGUGUGAGAUAUGCAGUGGCAUCGUCGACGAAAUCGAGCAACAAUUCAAAUACACCGAGCCUUCGCUCUGCCCCAAUCCGACAUGCGGUAAUCGCACAGCUUGGAAGCUGCAGAUCGAUACGUCGCGAUUCACAGAUUGGCAAAAAGUACGAAUCCAGGAGAAUCCGUCUGAAAUCCCCACUGGCUCUAUGCCGCGCUCUCUCGACGUGAUCCUGCGCUCCGAAAUGGUCGAGCGUGCCAAAGCUGGUGAUAAAUGCGUUUUCACGGGCACAUUCAUCGUCGUGCCUGACGUCAGUCAGCUUGGCUUGCCCGGGGGCAAUGCCGCGCAGCUUCAACGCGAGGCUAAUCGAGGUGCAGGUGGGGGUGCAGCGACUGGGGGCAUUAGCGGUGGUGUAACCGGUCUCAAGAGUCUCGGAGUGCGGGACCUACAGUACAAGACGGCGUUUCUGGCCUGCAUGGUGAAAGACGCCGACAGCCGUGACGGGACGAACAUCCGCGGGGAGGACGACUCGUCGGAGGACAGCGCCCAGGCCUUCUUGGACAGUCUGACGGAGCCCGAGUUUGACGAGCUGAAGAACAUGAUCAACGGCGAUCACAUGUACACGCGUCUGGUGAACAGCAUUGCGCCGACAGUCUACGGGCACGAGAUUGUCAAGAAGGGACUGCUCCUACAGCUCAUGGGCGGCGUGCAUAAGCAAACGCCGGAGGGGAUGCACUUGCGUGGAGAUAUCAACAUCUGCAUCGUGGGCGAUCCUUCGACGUCAAAGUCGCAGUUUCUCAAAUACAUCUGUUCUUUUCUUCCUCGUGCGGUGUACACCUCAGGAAAGGCGUCUUCUGCAGCUGGUCUCACUGCUGCAGUCGUCAAGGACGAGGAAACGGGCGACUUUACGAUCGAGGCUGGCGCGCUCAUGCUGGCGGACAACGGCAUCUGCGCGAUCGACGAGUUUGACAAAAUGGACAUUGCCGACCAGGUCGCUAUUCACGAAGCGAUGGAGCAACAGACGAUCUCCAUCGCUAAAGCCGGAAUCCACGCGACGCUGAACGCACGGACGUCGAUUCUCGCUGCGGCCAAUCCGAUCGGCGGACGAUACGAUCGCAAAAAGUCGCUGCGCAGUAAUGUACAGAUGACACCGCCGAUCAUGAGUCGAUUCGAUCUAUUCUUUGUCGUGCUGGACGAAUGCGACGAGAAGACGGACAUCAAUAUUGCGAAACAUAUCGUCAAUGUGCACCGCUUCCGGAACGAGGCCAUCAACCCCGAGUUCAGCACUGAGGCGCUCCAGAGAUAUAUUCGCUUUGCGCGGACGUUCAAUCCCAAGCUGACUGCAGAAGCUGCGGAUGUGUUGGUUGAAAAGUACCGGAUUCUGAGGCAAGACGAUGCCACCGGGAUGGGGAAAAACUCGUACCGGAUCACUGUACGGCAGUUGGAGAGUAUGAUCCGUUUGAGUGAGGCCAUUGCACGAGCCAACUGCAAGGAUGAGAUCAUCCCAGCGUAUGUUCGCGAAGCGUACAGUCUUUUACGACAGUCGAUCAUCCACGUCGAGCAGGACGACAUCGACUUUGACGAGGAAGAGCUCGAAGGCGAACGGGGACGGACGGCUGGUGCACCAGACGUCGCUGACGAUAACGACAUCGAGAUGUCUGCUGCUGCUGCUGUUGACGACGAUGAUCUGGAAGGCAGCUCAUUGCCCGUGCCGGCCUAUUCGCAGGCCCACGCGACGUCUGAGUCGGAAACUGCUGCUGGUAGCCUAGGCGAUUCGGCCGUUCCUGCUGCUCCAGCGCCUGCGAAGCGACGGAUGGUGAUCACACACGACCAGUUCAUCAACCUGAAAAACCUCAUUGUCAUGCACAUCUCCGAACAAGAGCAGCGGGGGGUCACGAGUGGUGUCGACCGGGACGACCUUAUCGACUGGUACCUGGAGCUGAGGGAGCCAGAGAUGCAAGACGAGAGCGACGCUGAUUACGAGAAGGAGCUGAUUACGAAGAUGUUGAAGAAGCUGGUCAAAGACAACUAUCUCCUCGAGGUCAAGGGCGACGUUCAAGAGUCGCUGCCCUCGAUGGAUGAAGAAAGCCAGCCAUCUGACGAGAAUGUCAAAAUGUAUUAUAUGGUUCAUCCCGCAGUGGAUAUCGACGAGGCCUCCUUUGCUUCGACUGCUUGAUUGGGUAUUUUGUAUCUCCUUUGUAAUAACCUAUGUAAUCGGUUGUAAUUUUGUAUCUCCUUUAGAUCUCGAGCAAUGUGCCCGACGAUCGGAGAGCGCUCACUCAAGCCUGGAGCCGCAAGUCAAAUCAGCUCUCAUGAAAUCUCAGGCACACGUGAUUCCCCCAAGCCAAUGACGUCAGCAAUCUCGCUCAGCAGAUGUCUGAACCCAAGCUGUACAAUCGCCCAAGCCCCCUACCUCCCUUCUCGCAGCGAGUUCCCAGCGCGCCGAUAUCGACCCUCUCCAACGCGCCGCACGACUACCAAUUCCCCCUGCCCGGCGCGCUCCUCCUAGACGGCAUCGCGCACUCGUUCUGCCUCGGCUUCGUCUUCGCGCUGGGGCUCAAGUACUGGGAGGACUUUGGCGACGAGGUGGCGCGCAAACGCGUGUACGUGCUGGCGCUCGUCCUGCUCUCGACCUUGCAGACGAUCUUGCAGGACUACAAGCUCUGGACUGUUGCCGUGUCGCACGAGCCGUGGGCGGGCAGCUCUUUCGUCUGGGUCGAUUUCUUUCUGAAUGGGAUGAUAUGCUGCCUGUGCGAGGUGUUUUAUAUCAAGCGUUGCUGGAAGACGGUCAACUACAGCCCCUGGGUGCUCUAUCCGCUGUCAGUCCUAUGGAUAAGUGGCGUGGGAGCCCAGUUAUACAUUAGCAUCACUCUUGGGUUAGAGUUUCCGUAUACAAAGAACCAGCAACUGGAUGAAAGAUUGGAAAACAUGUUCAGAGAUACGCUCACGGUUUUCUCCUACUGGGUCAUCGUGUCUGCCGUUCUGGACCUCAGCUUUGCCGUGAUACUGACAAGCUUCCUUCGCAAGACGAGCACCGACUUGGAAAAUUCGACGACGGUGAUUCAUAGAGUGAUAUUCAUGGCACUCGAGACGGCGGUUCUUCCCUUCUUGUCUAUGCUCGCUGCAGCGAUCACCGCGCACGCGGAUCCUGAAGUGGGCCACCACGACGAUCUCCUUUUGUUCUUUGUCUUCAUCACAGCCAAGUUCCAAACCAUCGGGUUGCUGCGGACUUUAAACUCGCGCGUUCCGUGGCGAGACAGAAUUGAUGCGACAGAUAUGGGGAGGACGGAGCUGGGAGGACGGCUAGGUGCUGAAAGGAAGAAGCUGCGGGGACUGGACCUGGCGACGGAGCUGCUGGAGCCCGCGCUCAAUGAUAUCGGGAAUUUCUUGCCGGAACGGACGAUAGAGCCCCCGGUGAACUGCACUUGCGGUGCGGACCCGAAACGGUAUGCGGCGAUUCGACCGGGGCAGAUGGUGUUGUGUGGGGAGAAGACAGAAGACCAGUUCGUUUCGCGGAGACGCCUUGGGGGUUGAUUUGUGUUGAGAUCUUGUAGGAUCAGACUGUUUGUGAGGACGUUUCGGAACGCAGCAAAUCAGGCAAUUGACAGUCGAGAGUCGUGCCGUAGUUUACUGGAUUCAUUACUUUACUUAUGGUUUGGUCGCCUC